AGGGCUUACUAAUUUGGCUCAUUGCACGAAGGGCUUUUUGAAAGGGCUUCUUGAAAGAAACUAACGACUGUUCUCCAUUUUUCUGAAGCAAAGGGAAAAAAGGAAUGAAACAUUUAUAAUGGCUGUCUAUCUGUUCCUGAUUUUUAUUUCCUUCCUAAGUACGUCUCUUCAACUGCCAGAUAGUGAAGUAUUUUUAAUACACAAUGAAGACAAUAAGCUCUGUGUUCAAGCUCAAAAUGGUAACUCACUUAUAACUACUAUUUGCAAUCAGAACAAUGAGUUACAAAAAUUCAGAUGGAUCUCUGAUCACCAGCUUCUGAAUAUGAAAUUGAAAUUAUGUGUGGCAGUGCCUUCCAAGAAAAACCAAGUUAUGGUCACCUUGGAUCAUUGCAACAGGACAAAUGAACUUCAACAGUGGAACUGCAGAAAUGAGAGCCGCCUUGCAGUCCAUGGAGAAGAAUUAUUUUUCAACUAUGGCAAAGGAAAAGAAACAAGAAUUAGGUUAUCCAAAGAAUCAGGUACCGGGAGUAUGUGGAAAAUCUAUGGAACCACUGACAGCUUGUGUUCUCAGCACUAUGAAGACAUAUUUACAUUACUAGGAAAUUCCUUUGGGGCACCCUGUGUAUUCCCUUUUAAGUACACGAAUAAGCUGUAUGCCACAUGCACAAAGGAUGGCUCUGAUUUUGUUUUCUCAUGGUGUGCAACAUCUGCAAACUUUGAUGAGGACUCUUUAUAUGGAUAUUGCCCAGAAAAAGACACCACCGAGGACUUUUUUUGGGCUACCAGCUCUUUGACAGGCAUCCACUAUCAGAUAAACUCUGGGUCAGCUCUAACAUGGUACCAGGCAAGGAAAAGCUGUCAGCAACAGAAUGCAGAAUUAUUAAGUAUCACAGAGUUGCAUGAACAGACAUACGUAACAGGGCAAGUUAGUGAUCUGAAUACUGAAAUCUGGAUUGGACUUAACAGUGUGAAUGAUGAUAGUGGAUGGCAAUGGAUUGGUGGGGAUCCAUUCAGAUAUUUAAACUGGGCUCCAGGAAGUCCCUCUCCUGAGUCAGAAAAAAUCUGUGUGACGCUACAGUCUAAGAAUGGUAAAUGGGCAAACCAGGCAUGUGGUCACAAAUGUGGAUACAUCUGCAAAAAGGGAAACUCAUCUUUAGAUUCCUUCAUUAUUCCCAAAAAUGAUUUUAGGCCAAUUAAGUGCCCAAAGGGAUGGGUGUCUUAUGCAGGUCAUUGUUAUAUGAUUUACAGAGAACCCAAGCUAUGGAAAGAUGCUGUAUCCUUCUGUAGAAAGGAGGAAGGAGAUCUAGCAAGUAUCCAUGAUAUUGAAGAACACAGCUUUGCAGUGUCUCAGCUAGGGUAUGAGUCUACUGAUGUGCUGUGGAUUGGUUUGAAUGACCUCAAGAUUCAAAUGUAUUUUGAAUGGUGUGAUGGGACUCCUGUGACAUAUGCCAAGUGGUUGCAGAAUGAACCAAGUCAUAUAAACCAUAAGCAAGAAGACUGUGUUGUUAUGAAGGGAGAGGAUGGGUACUGGGCAGAUGAUGACUGUGAAAAGAAAUUUGGGUACAUUUGUAAACGGAAACCUCUGGCAGAAGAACCUGGGGAGGUUGAGAUUAUUGACCAAGGCUGCCAGAAGGGCUGGAAAAGACAUGGUUUUUACUGUUACUUAGUUGGACAAGUACCUGCAACAUUUUCUGAAGCCAAGCAAAUCUGUGAAAAUAACAAAGCUUUCCUAGUUACUGUGCAAGACAGAUACGAACAAGCGUUUCUGACUUCCCAUAUUGGGCAUAGACCCACAAAAUAUUUCUGGAUUGGCCUUUCAGAUGUAGAAGAACAAGGUACUUUCAAGUGGGCCAAUGGUGACAAGAUUCUGUUCACUCACUGGAAUUCAGGCAUGCCUGGGAGGGAGGCAGGCUGUGUUGUCAUGAGAACAGGAACUGCAGCUGGAUUAUGGGAUGUUUUGAGCUGUGACCAGAAAACAUUGUUCCUCUGCAAGCAGUUGGUGCAGGGAGCAACUCCUCCUCCUCCUCCAACAACAGCUCCUCCGCUCUCAUGUCCAGAGGGAUGGGCUUCAUCCACCCAUAGUAGCUUAUGCUUCAAACUUUUUAGCAAAGAAAGAAAAUAUAAAAAGUCAUGGUUUGAGGCUAGAGAUUUUUGUAGAGCAGUAGGAGGAGAUCUGGCUGCUAUCCAUACUGAAGAAGAACAAAACGUAAUAGUUAAAUUGCGGAAAGGAGGUUAUUCGUCUUCAUAUUACUGGAUGGGUUUUAACAACUUGGAUCCUGACAAAGGAUAUACUUGGAGUGAUGGCUCUGCAGUAAGUUAUGAAAAUUGGGCAGAAGGAGAACCCAAUAACUAUGGAGGAAAUGAAAAAUGUGGCAUAUUUUAUGGAUACAGUGACAUGGAGUGGAAUGAUGUAUUUUGUGAGAAUAUGAAUUCCUGGGCUUGUCAAAUACGAAAAGGAGAAUCUUUAAAACCAGAACCAAGUAACACAUUUGAAGAUCAAUAUAUUCUUAGUGAAGAUGGAUGGAUUUUACAUAACGAAAAGGAGUACUAUUUCAGCAGGGAAAAAAUGUUCAUGGAACAAGCCCGGGAGUUUUGCAAGAAAAAUCAUGGAGAUCUUCUUGUCAUUGAAAAUGAAAGUGAAAACAAGUUUCUGUGGAAAUAUAGCUACUAUUAUGGUUUUUACGAUGACCUUUACAUUGGCUUAUAUGUGAGUCUUGAUAAAAAGUUUCGUUGGAUGGAUGGCACUCCAGUAAACUAUGUUGCCUGGGCCCCAAAUGAACCCAACUUUGCAAAUAAUGAUGAAAACUGUGUGGUCAUGUAUUUCCGUACAGGAAUGUGGAAUGAUCUCAACUGCGGAGUCAGCAAAAACUUCAUCUGUGAAAGGCUAAACAGGACUGUUCGUUCAACAGUUGCUCCUACAUCACCUGUACCUCUGGGUGGAUGCCCUGAAAAUUGGCUUUUGUUUAAUAACAAGUGUUUCAAAUUGUUUGAUAGCAAUAAAAAAGAAGCACAGUCAUGGCAUGCUGCACGGACUACAUGUACAAGUUUCGGAGGCAAUCUGGUUACUGUAUCAAGUGCAGAACUGCAAGCUUUCCUUAUCACCCUCAUAAAGGAUGCCACAGAUGAGGUCUGGAUUGGAAUGAAUGAUAUAAAUCAUGAAUACUUGUUCCUAUGGACAGAUGGAAGUGGUGUCUCUUAUACAAACUGGGCAAAUGGUUAUCCAGAUUAUAGCUAUCAGUCUGACUGCAUCUUUAUGACAAACAAAAAUAUUGAGGAGGCAGGGAAAUGGAAAGAUUCAGACUGUCAGGCUAACAAAAGCUACAUAUGCCAGAGAAAUGCAGAUCCUAAACUAUAUCACCAAACAACAGUUCCCAUACCUGGCUUUAUCCAAUAUGGUAACAGUAGCUAUUCCCUCAUCAGUUCCAAAAAGAAUUGGGAAGAAGCACACAAAAACUGCAAGGCUGAACACUCAGAACUUGCCAGCAUUUUAGAUGCCUAUACCCAAUCAUUCCUGUGGUUGCACAUGUUAAAGUUUAAGGAGCCUGUGUGGAUUGGUCUCAACAGCAAUGUGACUGGUGGAUUUUACAAGUGGACUGAUAACUGGAAACUAAAGUACCAGAAAUGGGCCCAUGAGGAACCAAAAAAGAAAAUAGCCUGUGUCUAUUUAGAUGUGGAUGGUUCCUGGAAGACAGGCUCAUGUGAUGAAGAGCAUUUCUCCAUCUGUAAACGGUCUGAUGUUAAGCCCCCUCCUGAUCCACCGCAACUCCCUGGAAAAUGUCCUGCAGAGAAAAAAGGCAGAUCCUGGAUUCCUUUCCGUGGUCAUUGUUACUACAUUUAUAUCUCAUCUAAAGAAAACUGGUCUGGAGCUUCCAUGGAAUGUGUUCGACUAGGUUCCUCACUGGCUACUAUAGAAGAUUCAGCUGAGAUGAAUUUCCUUUUUAAUCACUUGCAUGCAUUUUCAAGUUAUUCAAGCCAGUUCUGGAUAGGACUGUACAAAAACGUGGAUGAUGAAUGGACAUGGAUAAACAACAAAGCAGUUGAUUUUGUCAACUGGAAAGAAGGCGAGCCUUCAACUUUUUCUAGUAAAAACUGUGUUCUCAUGGAUGCUUCAGAUGGAAGCUGGAGAGUCUAUUACUGCAGUUUUGACAGACAUUUUGUUUGUAAAAUGCCAAAGAUUCCUGAAUUAGAAUCAACCAAGUCACCACACAGAUCAGGAGGAGAUGAAAAAAUUGAAGCUGCACCUACACACCGUUUAAGUGGGAUGGUGGUUACUCUGGUCUUCCUUAUUCUAAUAGGAGCUGGCCUCACCAUCUAUUUUCUCUACAGAAGACACAACCAGCAACAAACUGCUACCGGUUUUGACAAUUCCCUGUAUCAAAAUAGAGUAACUGUUUCUGAUACUAAUGAGUCAAAUAAUCUUGUGGCUAACAUUGAGCAGAAUGAACAAGAUAUCCUUUAGUUAAUAAAGUAAAAAUAGGCCUCAUUUUGAUAUAAACCUGGAGCACCAGAAUGCUUAAGAUAAAGCUACUUAUUCCUGUGAAAAUUGCAGGUCAUUUCACAGUCUGUGAGAUGUGUUUUAUGUACUAGCAGGAACAAUUAUUUCUUUAGUAGUCUUGCAAGUUUCUGGAUGUACUUGCUUAAAAUAGUUUUGUGGGAGGCCAUUGAACAAAUGCCACAAUAUAACAUCAAGUCAUACGAAUGGGUAUUCAAACAAUUCCAGUUUCUAUAACAGAUCUACAUUGCUAUUAGUGGCAAAAAGAGUCAAGUUCAUCAUUGCAAGAAUAACUGUUACAGACUUUUCAAAGCACUCAGAAGACCAACUCUCCAGUUCUGCUGGAGUCCUGCAAAUGUCAUUCCAAAAUUGCACUUCAUGACUGCUGACAGUGCAUUUCACUUCAGCCUACUGUUUUACAAAUUCAGUUCAGAAAAACCUCAAAACACAUACUGAGCAUGUCCUCAUACUGGGCUUUUCUUAGUUCAGCAUUACAUCUUUGCAGUAUGUAGAUGCAAUAUGUAGUGACAUACCUCAAAGGUCUUCGCUUCAAGAAAUGUCUUUAUAUAAUUUGAUUUUUAUGCAUUUUGUGACAGUUCAAUUGUGUUUGAAUUAAAAUAUUUCCUCUUUUAGAUAUGAAUGACUGAAAGAGUAUAUAUUUUUUUGUUUUGCUUUAUUUUGGUGAAGUAAUUAUUAAGGCUUGUUAUAGACGUUACAGUGCUUUAAGUGCACAAAAAGUGCUUUACAGCUGUAACAGAACAGAUGUUUUGUGGCCCACAAAGUGCUUUAAAAACGGUGAAUCCUGUUCUGAUUUGACCCUGGAUAGAUAAGUUAGAGUUCUUUAUCGAACAUCUGCCUUGGAUCCCACUGAGUGUGAUACUAUUAGUGUGCGCUCACUGCCAUCCCUGGUGGUGUUGCACAGGGCUGUGCUCUAGGCUUUGGCAGAGCUCAUUGGACUGAGCAAGUUGGAGUGGCAGCAGGGAGGUGGUACCCCCCACCCCCUUGGAGCACCUUACUCAGCUCCCGCUGGGAGCAGAGGCAGUCCCAGCGGUGGCGGGAGUCACCAUAGUACCAGGUACCCUGGGGCUGUGCUGCUCACUCUGCUGGAUGUACUUGGGGAGGGGAGGUGCUGUGCCUGGCUGCACUGCACCCCUGUGCCCCAGUUUGCUCCAACUCAGGAGGGCCCACUGCCUCCUGGAAUGCUGGGAAACUUCAAAUUGGGUGGUAAAGCUGUGGAGACUGGCCACAAAUUGAUGGAACAGGAACAAAAUUGGUUGGAUUAGAGAUAAUCCUGCCCUGGAGUGGUUUAACAUUAAGCCAAAUAACAAGUGCUUUGUUAAUGUGCAGCCAGUCCAGGGGUUAAGAGCUCCAGAAACUGUCUAAAGUUACCAUGUAACAAGGCCCUUAUAACACUUUGAUGUAAAACGUGAUAAGUCUUAGCCUAAAAGACUGGAUAUAUUUAUAGGUUUGCAUUUUUAUAUAGUGCCUUGUGACCAGAAACAUUUACUGCAGUUAAUCUUUUUAAAAGGAAUAUUCAGAUUAGAUGAAAAACAUAUGGUAGGGUGGUCUGCAGACACAUGUCACCUCAGGCUAUGAACUUGAAAACAAUUAUUUAGUGGUGUGAAUGUUCACGUCACUGUAUGGAAUGUAAAUUGGAUCUAGUUAUGGUAAAGGACUUGAUUUUGGACUCCCUUAUGCACUUGAACUUUAUUUACAUUCUGAAGUAGAAGAAUCUGCCAAAUUCAAAUUCAAAGCCAGGGAAAUACAGACUGACAGCAGGGUGCAAAUAGUAAACAGUGAACAUUUCCAUUUUAUUGCAAAGAAUUAAAGCUUGAUGAAUGUAGUAACACCAACAGACUGAACAUAACUAACAAAAUAUGCCAUUUUUCUUGGAUAAUAUAUGAACCGUUUUUCCAAAAAUCAGCUGCUGGAAAUGGGGGCACAUGUGUUAAGCAAGGAAAUAUGGUAAUAGCAGGUGUAAAUUUGCUCUGCCUGGAUAAGCCAGAAUUAAUUCAGAGUCGGGCAGCAGUUGGCCCUUGUAGCGAUAGAAGUUAUAAUUUAGAAACACUCCUUUAUUUAGAAGACUACCAAAGCUGGGAAUUGGGAAAUGGUCCCUCAGGAUAAUUAGAGAGACAAAGGGUCAUUUGUCUGCUCAUAAUUAGAGAGAGAAAAAGGGUCUGCAGAGGUUGCCUACUGCUGCACAAUAAAAUUUAUUGUUUAA